GAACCCCCCGGAUCCGGCGUCCUCGGACGCGCUACCUGCUGGGCCCGGGAACUUGCCGUCUCUCCUAGUGGCAUCGCCGGGCCCGCGCUGAGCGGGUUCCUGCCGCCGCCCAGGAGACUCCGGGCUCGGGAUCAUGAGCGUGGGCUUCAUCGGCGCGGGCCAGCUGGCCUGUGCGCUGGCGCGGGGCUUCACGGCCGCAGGCAUCCUGUCUGCUCACAAGAUAAUAGCCAGCUCCCCGGAGAUGGACCUGCCUACGGUGUCCGCGCUCAGGAAGAUGGGAGUGAACCUGACCCGCAGCAACAAGGAGACGGUGCGGCACAGCGAUGUCCUGUUCCUAGCCGUGAAGCCACACAUCAUCCCCUUCAUCCUGGAUGAGAUUGGGGCCGAUGUCAAAGCCAGGCACAUCGUGGUCUCCUGUGCAGCCGGUGUCACCAUCAGCUCUGUGGAGAAGAAGCUGAUGGCGUUCCAGCCGGCCCCCAAGGUGAUUCGCUGCAUGACCAACACACCUGUGGUGGUGCGGGAGGGUGCCACAGUGUAUGCCACAGGCACCCAUGCGCUGGUGGAGGAUGGGCAGCUCCUGGAGCAGCUCAUGAGCAGCGUGGGCUUCUGCACGGAGGUGGAGGAGGACCUGAUUGACGCCGUCACAGGGCUCAGUGGCAGCGGUCCUGCCUACGCAUUCAUGGCCCUGGAUGCGUUGGCUGAUGGUGGGGUGAAGAUGGGCCUCCCGCGGCGCUUGGCAGUCCGAUUAGGGGCCCAGGCCUUGCUGGGAGCCGCCAAGAUGCUGCUGGAUUCAGAGCAGCACCCAGGCCAGCUCAAAGACAACGUCUGCUCCCCUGGGGGGGCUACCAUCCAUGCCUUGCACUUUCUGGAGAGUGGGGGCUUCCGCUCUUUGCUUAUCAAUGCAGUUGAGGCCUCUUGUAUCCGAACACGAGAGCUGCAAUCCAUGGCUGACCAAGAAAAGAUCUCCCCAGCUGCUCUCAAGAAGACCCUCCUGGACCGAGUGAAGCUGGAAUCCCCCACAGUGUCCACGUUGACCCCCUACAGCUCAGGGAAGCUCCUCACAAGAAGCCCAGCUCUGGGAGGCAAGGAGGACUAAAGUAGCACCCUCAACUGUGGAGGCCUUGGCCUUCCAUCCCCCUCCCCAGCCAUGCAGGGAGAGGGCAGCAUUGAGUAGUUUUUUGGGUUCUUAUAAUAAAACCUCCUUAAAUCUGUUCAGGUCAAUCAGGCCAGACCAAGUGACACUAGUUUCUUCUGUCUCAUAUUGGAAAAUGCUUUAUGGGCAUGAUUGAUGCUGGAAGCCAGAUGUAACCCUGCACACCUCCCACUGUUGGUGGAGCAAGGCUGGGGCUCCAGUUAGCCCAGGUUGGGUGGGAAAGUCAGGGAGGACCUGCAACUAGGGUCCUCCAGCUGGAGCCCAAAGGGUCAUCAGAGACACCAAGUCAAGGAGGUCAGAGAUUAAAACCAUGGCAAGGGCUUUUCUCUUUGAAUUCAUAAAAUGGAAAAGAACUAAACAACUUAGAAUUGUCACAAUGCAUCAGAAAUAUACCAAGUUAACUUAUGCUUGUGUAUUAGUUUCCUAGGGCUGCUAUAACAAAGUACCGCUGACUAGGUCGCUUAAAACAGUAGAAAUUUAUUGUCUCACAGUUUCUGGAAGCUUUAAGUUUGAAAUCAAGGGCCAUGCUCCCUCCAGGGGCUGAUAGGGAAGGGUCCUUCCUUGUCUCCUCCAGCUUCUGGUGGUCCCAGACAUUCCUUGCUUGUAGAUGCAGUGCUCCAGGCUUUGCCUCAGUCGUCACAUGGCCUGUGUCUCCCCUGUGUGUCUGGGUCUCUGUCUCUUCGUCUUCUUACAAGGACACCAGUCAUAUUGGAUUAAGGACUCACCCUAAUCCAGUGUGACUGCUUCUGAACCAAGUACAUCUGCAAUGAACUCAUUUCCAAAUAAGGUCACAUUCUGAGGUACUGGGGGUUAGGACUUCAACAUAUCUUUUUGGGGGACACAAGUCAACCCAUAAGAGCUUAUAUUGAACUCUUGCUUUGUAGGUGCUGCUAAGUUUAGUUGUUUUAAUAAAGUUUUAUUUUUUAUCCUGCA